AUGGCCGUCGCUUUGAGUACAGUUCUAACUGUACUUGUCGUUAUUGCACAUCCUGAUGAUGAAAUACUUUUUGGCGGUUUUAUUCACUCUCUGACACAUCAACUCAAUGCUUCAGUUGAUCUUAUAUGUGUAACAAAUGGUGAAGGUGGUUUUGCAAAUGCAGGAUUAGCUGAAUCGUUCUAUGAUAAUAUAAAAUUAAGAGAAGAGACAAUUGGAAGAAUACAUUUACCACGUAUACGUCAACAGGAAUUGAUGGGAAGUGGACGAAUAUUGGGUAUUAGAAAAUUCUUUUUCUAUGAUCAAUUAGAUUUAGAAUAUAGUCGAGAUACAAAUUCAGUUUUAUCUAACCAAUGGAACAAAGAAUGGGUAAUUGAUCGUUUUCAUCACACAAUAAAACAUGGAAAUGGUAUUCGUGGUUAUGAUUUGAUGAUUGUUAUGCUUCCAAAUGUUAAUUCACAUGGUCAUCAUACAGUAUCAGGUUUACUUGCACUAGAAACUAUUAGCCGUUUACAACAGAUGAAAUCUGCUGAUAUAUUUAUACCAACAAUAAUUGGAGGAUCAGAGUUUGCUCUAGAUCAUCCGCCUAUCUAUCCUGAAAAUCAACUUGCUAAAGUUCUUACAAAUUCAACAGUUAAUGAAUUUCGUUUUAAUCUACGAUGGAAAUUAAUCAAUGUACCAAUUGCUGACUAUCAAACAAUUCUUUAUUGGAUGGCUGCUGAACAUAAAUCUCAAGGUGGUCUUAUUGCUGAAGUGUUUACAGAAUUCAAACGAGUUCAUGAACAAUAUUUUUAUUUUACCAUUAACGAAAGAGAUAAUCUUAGUUCACGUCUUUUGAUGAUACAAAAUCUAUUUACUCAACUUGCUAAUAUUCAUGAACAUUAA